AUGGUGGAGAUGAAAAUGGACCUGCCACCGAAUGUCUCGCAAGCUCUGCGUCAAGAUAAAGGGCCAAAUCACAUGGAUAAUUGGAACGAAACCAGACUUGAAUGUGGAUAUUGCUGUGGAGAUGCCGAAGUGGGUACAUGUACAUUCAAACCUCAGAGGUUUUCUCCAAAAAAGAAUAAUGUCAGACAGAACUGGUUCAAUGGCAAGGAGGGCGUGGCAGAAGAUGGGGCUGACACAGGAAUAUUAACACCUCAUUACAAUGCCUUGGUGUUGUUGGACAUGUUCCUGGAGCAGCACUUUCACCAUUUGUAUAAGUGCAUCACUGAUUUCCCAGGAAUGAAAGACGCGGUGGCUCUAAUAAAAGUUUCAUAUCAGCGCAAACUUGAUCAGGGACAAGGCCAUUGUGGGGGAUUUUUAGUGUCUAUGUUCAUCUCUCAUUUACUGUCAGUUAAAAAGAUCAACAAGCACGUGAGCUCAUACCAGAUUCUGAGAGUUUUUCUACAGUUCCUUGGAUCCACUGACUGGACUAAAGAAGGAAUAAUGAUGACCAGAGAAGACAUUGAAGAAGGGAAUGUGCCUUCCAAGGCAGAUUUUCAUUCAGGGUUUGAUGUCGUGUUUGUUGAUCCAUCUGGCUACCUUAACUUGUGUGCUGGAAUGAGGGUGGCUCAAUACAGGAAACUGCAGCAUGAGGUCAGGUUGUCGCUGGAAUUUUUGGACAGUAGUUUUAUGGACAGCUUUGAAGUGCUCUUCAUGAAGCCAGUGCCAUUUAUACAAACAUUUGAUCAAUUUUUACAGAGAAAUGAUCUUCUCCGUCACCUUAUUGAUCAUCCAGGAGACUGGACCCCAGUUGUCACUGAUUGGCUGCUUCAUCUUGUCACUAGAGGCCUGGGAAAGAGAGUAGAGAUGCUUUACUUCAAACCACAAACUCUACUUCAGGUGAAUUAAAUUUAGGAGAUCAUCAGGGGAACUGCAUUUGUCUUGAUAUUUUAGCCACUUCUUCCAACUAGUACUAUAAGAAAUGUCUGUGGCUGAGUAGAGAGAAGUUGUUGUUCACGAUGGAGUUUAACUGAGGCGGUUGUUUGCAUGCUAUUAAAUAAAGAUUCUUUAGAAGUUCAUAUGUCACAUUUUGGAAAUCGUUUGGAUGUCAUUGGUACUUUUUGAGAAGUCUUUGUGUCAACUGGGAUCUAUUCAUGCAUUAUAAUUUUCAGCAAUCUUUGCAGUAAAUUUUCCUUGCAUUCAACAAUUAGUGCUUAAAUUAUCUUGAUACAAAGCAACAUGGAAACUACAACAUACAUGUAUUUGUUUUGAAAUUUAUUCAUUCCAUCAUUCACUGUAAUCUUCAAUUGCCAGAAUUUUUAUAAUAAAUUUGCCGUAGAUUUACAACAGUUAGUGCUGAAACUCUUGAUAUUAACAACAAAAAUUAU